UAAAUUGACACCGAACGGUGAGGUAGGCUCUUUUUCUGUUUUCAGUCCUUAUUUAUCGUGAAAAUUACUCGAAUUUCGUGAUAUUCCGCCGCAGUACACACAAGUUUAAUGCCUAAAAUUUGCUGAGGCUUACAGCAGAGGGCAGUGUCGGGUCUCGUGAACAAGAGCGAUGGUAAUGGAGGCGUCCCCGUCCCCCUCCCCGCAGAGCGUCGGCCGCGAGUUCGUCCGCCAGUACUACACGCUGCUGAACAAGGCACCCACACACCUCCACAGGUUCUAUAACAACUACUCGUCGUUCGUGCACGGCGGUCUGGACGCGCCGCACCGGGAGACGCUCCCCGUGGUCGGCCAGAAGCAGAUCCACAACCGCAUCCAGCAGCUCAACUUCCGCGACUGUCAUGCCAAGAUCAGCCAGGUGGACUCUCAGGCGACGCUCGGGAACGGCGUGGUGGUGCAGGUGACGGGCGAGCUGUCCAACGGCGGCGCCCCCAUGCGGCGCUUCACGCAGACCUUCGUGCUCGCGGCCCAGUCGCCCAAGAAGUACUACGUGCACAACGACAUCUUCCGCUACCAGGACCUGGUGCCCGAGGACGAGGAGCCGGGCUCACCCGCGGAGCCGGCCGGCUACUUCCCCCCGCCGCCCUUCCCGCCCGCCUUCCCGGCGCCGCCCGCCCUGGACGAGCCCACGCUCAACGGCCACCAGCCCGAGCGGCUCCACGUGGCGGUACCCGCAGCACCCUCGGUCCCCUUGGAGCCCUCGCCCCCGCCGGCGGCGCCCGAGCCCGAGCCCGCGCCGGAGCCCGAGCCGCCGCGCGAGCCCGAGCCCGAGCCGCCCGUGCCGCAGCCCCAGCCCGUGGUCCCCCCCGAGCCGAAGACGUACGCCAACCUGCUGAAGUCGUCCGCGCCGGCCCCGGCGGCGCCCCUGCCCGCCCCCGCCGCGCCCGCGCCCGCGCCCGCGCACGCGCCCGCGCACGCGCACGCGCACGCGCAGCAGCCCGCCGCCGCGCCCGCGCCGCCCGAGCCGCGCCCCAACCACGUCACCCUGCCUGUCGCCGCGCACGCGCAGCAGCCCGCCGCCGCGCCCGCGCCGCCCGAGCCGCGCCCGCGCGUGCCGCGCCCGCCCCGGGACUCGCAGCCCAACGGUAACACACACUUGUCCCCAGCAACCACGUCACCCUGCCUGUCGCCGCGCACGCGCAGCAGCCCGCCGCCGCGCCCGCGCCGCCCGAGCCGCGCCCGCGCCAACCACGUCACCCUGCCUGUCGCCGCGCACGCGCAGCAGCCCGCCGCCGCGCCCGCGCCGCCCGAGCCGCGCCCGCGCGUGCCGCGCCCGCCCCGGGACUCGCAGCCCAACGGUAACACACACUUGUCCCCAGCAACCACGUCACCCUGCCUGUCGCCGCGCACGCGCAGCAGCCCGCCGCCGCGCCCGCGCCGCCCGAGCCGCGCCCGCGCCAACCACGUCACCCUGCCUGUCGCCGCGCACGCGCAGCAGCCCGCCGCCGCGCCCGCGCCGCCCGAGCCGCGCCCGCGCGUGCCGCGCCCGCCCCGGGACUCGCAGCCCAACGGUAACACACACUUGUCCCCAGCAACCACGUCACCCUGCCUGUCGCCGCGCACGCGCAGCAGCCCGCCGCCGCGCCCGCGCCGCCCGAGCCGCGCCCGCGCCAACCACGUCACCCUGCCUGUCGCCGCGCACGCGCAGCAGCCCGCCGCCGCGCCCGCGCCGCCCGAGCCGCGCCCGCGCGUGCCGCGCCCGCCCCGGGACUCGCAGCCCAACGGUAACACACACUUGUCCCCAGCAACCACGUCACCCUGCCUGUCGCCGCGCACGCGCAGCAGCCCGCCGCCGCGCCCGCGCCGCCCGAGCCGCGCCCGCGCCAACCACGUCACCCUGCCUGUCGCCGCGCACGCGCAGCAGCCCGCCGCCGCGCCCGCGCCGCCCGAGCCGCGCCCGCGCGUGCCGCGCCCGCCCCGGGACUCGCAGCCCAACGGUAACACACACUUGUCCCCAGCAACCACGUCACCCUGCCUGUCGCCGCGCACGCGCAGCAGCCCGCCGCCGCGCCCGCGCCGCCCGAGCCGCGCCCGCGCCAACCACGUCACCCUGCCUGUCGCCGCGCACGCGCAGCAGCCCGCCGCCGCGCCCGCGCCGCCCGAGCCGCGCCCGCGCGUGCCGCGCCCGCCCCGGGACUCGCAGCCCAACGGUAACACACACUUGUCCCCAGCAACCACGUCACCCUGCCUGUCGCCGCGCACGCGCAGCAGCCCGCCGCCGCGCCCGCGCGUGCCGCGCCCGCCCCGGGACUCGCAGCCCAACGGUAACACACACUUGUCCCCAGCAACCACGUCACCCUGCCUGUCGCCGCGCACGCGCAGCAGCCCGCCGCCGCGCCCGCGCCGCCCGAGCCGCGCCCGCGCGUGCCGCGCCCGCCCCGGGACUCGCAGCCCAACGGUAACACACACUUGUCCCCAGCAACCACGUCACCCUGCCUGUCGCCGCGCACGCGCCGCCCGAGCCGCGCCCGCGCGUGCCGCGCCCGCCCCGGGACUCGCAGCCCAACGCAACCACGUCACCCUGCCUGUCGCCGCGCACGCGCAGCAGCCCGCCGCCGCGCCCGCGCCGCCCGAGCCGCGCCCGCGCGUGCCGCGCCCGCCCCGGGACUCGCAGCCCAACGGUAACACACACUUGUCCCCAGCAACCACGUCACCCUGCCUGUCGCCGCGCACGCGCAGCAGCCCGCCGCCGCGCCCGCGCCGCCCGAGCCGCGCCCGCGCCAACCACGUCACCCUGCCUGUCGCCGCGCACGCGCAGCAGCCCGCCGCCGCGCCCGCGCCGCCCGAGCCGCGCCCGCGCGUGCCGCGCCCGCCCCGGGACUCGCAGCCCAACGGUAACACACACUUGUCCCCAGCAACCACGUCACCCUGCCUGUCGCCGCGCACGCGCAGCAGCCCGCCGCCGCGCCCGCGCCGCCCGAGCCGCGCCCGCGCCAACCACGUCACCCUGCCUGUCGCCGCGCACGCGCAGCAGCCCGCCGCCGCGCCCGCGCCGCCCGAGCCGCGCCCGCGCGUGCCGCGCCCGCCCCGGGACUCGCAGCCCAACGGUAACACACACUUGUCCCCAGCAACCACGUCACCCUGCCUGUCGCCGCGCACGCGCAGCAGCCCGCCGCCGCGCCCGCGCCGCCCGAGCCGCGCCCGCGCCAACCACGUCACCCUGCCUGUCGCCGCGCACGCGCAGCAGCCCGCCGCCGCGCCCGCGCCGCCCGAGCCGCGCCCGCGCGUGCCGCGCCCGCCCCGGGACUCGCAGCCCAACGGUAACACACACUUGUCCCCAGCAACCACGUCACCCUGCCUGUCGCCGCGCACGCGCAGCAGCCCGCCGCCGCGCCCGCGCCGCCCGAGCCGCGCCCGCGCCAACCACGUCACCCUGCCUGUCGCCGCGCACGCGCAGCAGCCCGCCGCCGCGCCCGCGCCGCCCGAGCCGCGCCCGCGCGUGCCGCGCCCGCCCCGGGACUCGCAGCCCAACGGUAACACACACUUGUCCCCAGCAACCACGUCACCCUGCCUGUCGCCGCGCACGCGCAGCAGCCCGCCGCCGCGCCCGCGCCGCCCGAGCCGCGCCCGCGCCAACCACGUCACCCUGCCUGUCGCCGCGCACGCGCAGCAGCCCGCCGCCGCGCCCGCGCCGCCCGAGCCGCGCCCGCGCGUGCCGCGCCCGCCCCGGGACUCGCAGCCCAACGGUAACACACACUUGUCCCCAGCAACCACGUCACCCUGCCUGUCGCCGCGCACGCGCAGCAGCCCGCCGCCGCGCCCGCGCCGCCCGAGCCGCGCCCGCGCCAACCACGUCACCCUGCCUGUCGCCGCGCACGCGCAGCAGCCCGCCGCCGCGCCCGCGCCGCCCGAGCCGCGCCCGCGCGUGCCGCGCCCGCCCCGGGACUCGCAGCCCAACGGUAACACACACUUGUCCCCAGCAACCACGUCACCCUGCCUGUCGCCGCGCACGCGCAGCAGCCCGCCGCCGCGCCCGCGCCGCCCGAGCCGCGCCCGCGCCAACCACGUCACCCUGCCUGUCGCCGCGCACGCGCAGCAGCCCGCCGCCGCGCCCGCGCCGCCCGAGCCGCGCCCGCGCGUGCCGCGCCCGCCCCGGGACUCGCAGCCCAACGGUAACACACACUUGUCCCCAGCAACCACGUCACCCUGCCUGUCGCCGCGCACGCGCAGCAGCCCGCCGCCGCGCCCGCGCCGCCCGAGCCGCGCCCGCGCCAACCACGUCACCCUGCCUGUCGCCGCGCACGCGCAGCAGCCCGCCGCCGCGCCCGCGCCGCCCGAGCCGCGCCCGCGCGUGCCGCGCCCGCCCCGGGACUCGCAGCCCAACGGUAACACACACUUGUCCCCAGCAACCACGUCACCCUGCCUGUCGCCGCGCACGCGCAGCAGCCCGCCGCCGCGCCCGCGCCGCCCGAGCCGCGCCCGCGCCAACCACGUCACCCUGCCUGUCGCCGCGCACGCGCAGCAGCCCGCCGCCGCGCCCGCGCCGCCCGAGCCGCGCCCGCGCGUGCCGCGCCCGCCCCGGGACUCGCAGCCCAACGAAGGCAGCCGCAACGAGCGCGGGCCGCGCGACGGCGACCGUGAGCGCGACUCGCGCGACUCUCGGGACUCUCGGGACUCGCGGCGCUACUCGGACUCGCAGCAGCUGUUCCUGGGCAACGUGCCGCCGUCCGCCACCGAGGAGGAGCUGCGCGCGCUGUUCUCGCGCUUCGGGCCCGUGGCCGAGCUGCGCGUGCUGGGCCGCGCGCCGCACCCGCACUACGGCUUCCUCACCUACGAGAGCGCCAAGCAUGCGCAGGACUGUCUCAGCGCGCAGCCGCUGUACUUCCCGGCGGACAGCCCGGACGGCGUGAAGCUGAACGUGGAGGAGAAGAAGGCGCGCGGCACGGCGGCGCGCGACGGCCGCGACGCGCCGCGCCGCCGCCCCUCCUCCUCGCACCGCGCCUUCCCCGCGCCGCCCCGCCAGCCCUACCGCCGCUAACGACGCACCUCGGCGCUCCUUCCC